UUAGAAUUUUUCUUAUUCGUCAUUUUUCUUCUUCAACAAAAGAAAAAAAUUAAUUAGAAAUAGAAAAGGCAAAUGGAGAGUUUGAUUUCAUUGAUAAACAAGUUGCAAAGAGCUUGUACUGCUUUAGGUGAUCAUGGUGAAGAAAGUUCUUUGCCUACUCUAUGGGAUUCUUUACCUGCCAUUGCUGUUGUUGGUGGUCAGAGCUCAGGGAAAUCCUCGGUGUUGGAGAGUAUUGUUGGAAAAGAUUUCUUGCCUCGUGGAUCUGGCAUUGUGACUCGGCGUCCACUUGUCUUGCAACUACAUCAGAUUGACGAAGGAAAAGAGUAUGGAGAAUUCCUUCACCUUCCAAGAAAGAAAUUUACUGAUUUCGCUGCUCUGAGACAGGAGAUCACGGAUGAAACAGAUAGAGAGACAGGACGCUCCAAAGCCAUCUCCACCGUUCCAAUUCAUCUCAGUAUCUAUUCUCCGAAUGUUGUAAAUUUGACGUUGAUUGAUCUUCCAGGACUUACAAAAGUAGCAGUCGAGGGUCAACCUGAGAGCACUGUCAUGGACAUUGAGAACAUGGUUCGCUCCUACAUUGAAAAGCCCAACUGUAUUAUACUGGCAAUUUCGCCAGCCAAUCAAGAUCUUGCUACGUCCGAUGCAAUUAAGAUCUCUCGGGAAGUAGACCCUAAAGGGGAGAGAACAUUUGGUGUUUUGACAAAGAUUGAUCUUAUGGACAAGGGUACUGAUGCAGUUGAUAUAUUAGAAGGAAAAGCUUACCGUCUACAAUUCCCAUGGAUUGGUGUUGUUAAUCGAUCCCAAGCUGAUAUUAAUAAGAGUGUUGACAUGAUUGCUGCUCGGCGUAGAGAGAAGGAGUAUUUUAUGAAUUCUCCAGAGUACAAGCAUCUAGCAGACAGAAUGGGUUCUGAACAUCUAGGGAAGGUGCUCUCAAAGCACCUGGAAACGGUAAUCAAAUCUCGAAUUCCAGGAAUUCAGUCACUUAUUAAUAAAAGUAUUGCGGAUCUAGAGUCGGAACUGGGCCGUCUUGGAAAACCUAUUGCUGCUGAUGCCGGAGGGAAGCUGUACUUGAUCAUGGAGAUCUGUCGCGUUUUUGAUCAAAUUUACAAAGAACAUCUUGAUGGCGUCCGUCCUGGUGGUGAUAAAGUCUACAACGUUUUUGAUAAUCAGUUCCCCGCAGCGCUGAAAAGAUUGCAAUUUGAUAAGUAUCUGUCAAUGGAUAAUGUGAGAAAGCUAAUUACUGAAGCAGAUGGUUACCAGCCUCAUUUGAUAGCCCCAGAACAAGGAUAUCGUCGACUUAUUGAAUCUUCUUUAGUCUGUAUUAAAGGUCCUGCUGAGACAGCUGUUGACGCGGUACGCAUAAACAUGGUUCAAAUAGAAGUGUUAAUAUUUCUACCUUCAAAGGUUCAUUCAAUACUUAAGGAGCUGGUCCAUAAAUCUGUGGAUGAGACUGUGGAGCUAAAGCAAUACCCCAGUCUUAGGAUGGAGGUUGGAAGUGCAGCUUGUGAAUCAUUGGAUAGGAUGAGGGAUGAGAGCAAGAAAGCUACCCUUAAGCUGGUUGAUAUGGAAUGCUGUUAUCUAACUGUUGAAUUUUUCCGGAAGCUUCCUCAAGAUAUCGAGAAGGGUGGAAAUCCAACACAUUCAAUUUUUGAUAGAUACAACGGUUCAUAUCUCAGGCGAGUAGGAACAAAUGUCCUGUCUUAUGUCAAUAUGGUUUGUGCGGGUCUGCGAAACUCCAUUCCAAAGUCUAUCGUUCAUUGUCAAGUACGUGAGGCUAAGCGCUCCCUUCUCGACCAUUUCUUCACCGAGUUGGGUAAAAAAGAGUCUAAGGCAUUGGCAUCAUUGUUAAAUGAGGAUCCAGCUGUUAUGGAGCGUAGAGUUUCUCUUGCAAAGAGGCUAGAGUUAUACAGAAGUGCUCAGGCUGAGAUUGAUGCUGUUGCAUGGGCCAAGUAAAUCAAGAUUCGUUUAUCACCUCAAAUUGAGAAUGACGAAAGUCGGGGAAUUCCGUGGUACGUGUAUCUCUUAGAGAGUAGAGAAUGUCAUGCUUUUUCUUUGAAACAAUGUUUAAAUCCUUCUGCAAGAGAUUCCUUUUAUGUAGUGCAGAAAUGAUUAUUAGUGAAGAAGAAUGGAUCGAAACUAGAAUACCGAUACAUCAAAGAGAGGGGGAAAAGCAAAACAGAGAAAACAGAAGAAAUGAAAUAAAAAUAGUCCUACUGAACAGGAAUUCAGCUUAUUACGACAGUCAAAAUUCUAAGUUGAAUCAACUAAACCAGAUCAUAAAGUUAUUAUACAUGCUCUUUCUGGACCUGUAGGAAAAUCAGCUGAACAUUAACAAGAGAAAGUUAAUCAAUUUUCCUAAUCGACUGCACUAAUGUAUAGUUCUAAAGGGACGCCCUUAAAUCAUACGCUUGAGCCUACGCCUACACCUACACCUCUACUCUCUCUAGGGGCAGCUUUCGAGGCUAUUAAGAUAGAGAUACUCUUUGCAGGGACGAAGCCGGGACUUACAUGCUAUGGGGUCGAACAAAUUUUUCUGAGAUUCACAAAACAAUUUUUGUUAUCGAUAUGAAGGUUCACAUGAUAUAUACCUUUACAUUUUCACGGAAGCACCGCCAAUAUCAUUUGGAAUACAUCAAUUCUCGGCGAGGGAAUUUUGCACGGAGAGUUUGUCGGGUAGAAAAUGAUAAAAAGGACUUGAACGAAUUUUUCUGAGUUCUUCCAUCUCCUUUUCAACCCAAGCUUCUACGCCUCCAAGAGAGUUAAAACCCUUCUGAAAAUCAAGUGUUAUUAAAUGCCUGCACAUGAGCAGAAAAAUAAACAGUUCUGUGAGUACCUGCAAGGGUAGUCCAGUCCGGAUUGCCAAGGCUUCAUCGAUUACAGAUAAGGAACUGAAAAGCAUGAGUUAAUGGCAAAAACCUAUCUCGAGAUUCUAAUGCAUAAUACACAUUUCUCCAUUGGCGGGGACCAGUUCUACCAUGAUACCUAAAGUAAGUUAAGAUCGGUUCUACCUUGACUCUCAUAGGAAUCGGUUCUACCUUGACUCCCAACAUAAGCUAGGAUCGGUUCUAUCUUGAUUCCCUAUAUAGGUUAGGAU